AUGAUUUUAUUGAAGAGCAUUCAUUGGUUGUUUGUAUUAUUUAUAUUUGAACAGUUUAAUAUACAUUCUGUAAAAGCAAUUUGGCCUUCAUCAAAUUCAUCGAAUAUACAACUGUUAGGCCUUUUUCCAGAUGCAGUGAAUACAACUGAUCCUACUGAAUUAUCAAUUCAUUCUCGUGCUAUGUUUAAAGCAGCAGUAUUACUUUCUCAACAAUAUAACAUAACAAUCGGAGGACAAUUUAUCGACUGGCAAUCAACACAAACUAGUGGUAAUGCAAUAGAUGCCAUUAGUAAUACAUGUCAAAUCAUGUCUGCUUCAAAUAUUAUUGGUAUUAUAGGACCAGCAUUCUCACGAGAAACACCUAUUAUUGCUGAUUUGGCCGAAAAAAUUGGUAUACCUGUCAUAUCCUAUAGUGCAACUGAUCCUGAAUUAUCUGAUCAUAAGGCAUAUCCUAGUUUUUAUCGAAUAGUUCCUUCCGAUAAUGCAGCUGCAUUAGCAAUUUUCCAAUUAUUCAUUCGAUUUAAUUGGACUUCAUGUAUCAUUAUUUAUCAAAACGAUGCAUUUGGAUCUGAUGGUGCAAAAAUAAUUAACGAAGCUUUUGUAAAAAAUAAUUUAACCGUAAACAAUAUGGUUGUAUUUGAUAUUGUAACACUUCGUAUUAGAGGUAAUCUGAUGAACAUAUUAACUAGUAGUUCAACACGAAUUGUACUAGUAUGGGCUUCAGCAAGUUAUACAUCUUUAAUCGUACAAGAAGCACUUGAUUCUGAUGUUGUCGGUCCAUAUUUUACAUGGAUAUUAAGUUCAAGUAUAUCACUAAAUUCUUUUAAUCAAACAUUUUAUUCACAAUUAAUUGGAAUGCUUACUGUACAACCAACAACAGCAUUGGUUGUUAAUGCACCAAUCAAUACUACACUAUUAAAUGCAGCAUAUGAUCUCUGGAAAAAAUAUGAACCUGAAACAUUCCCUGAACCAAUAAAUGUAAAUAAUUAUGCUUUAUUUGCGUUUGAUGCAACUUGGCUACUAAUUCAAUCAUUACAACAACUAUGUUCAGCAUCUAUUAUCAAUAGUUCUCUGUCAUGUAUAUCAUUUACUAACUCUUCAUUUUGUUUUCAAUGUCAAUUUCAUAAUUCGGAUUUAUUCUUCGAUACCAUUAAUAAUAUGGCAUUUCUUGGUGUUUCAGGUCAUGUGCAAUUCGUGGUUAAUCGAACAGAUCGCGUCAAUGGUAGUUAUUAUUUUGCACAAAACGCUCAAACUUCAACAAAUGGUAUGAAUUCUGUGCCUGUAUUAAACUAUUCGGAUUAUAAUGGUUGGCAAGAGUAUACAGAAACGAGUGUAAUUAUUUGGCCAGGUACUUCGUUAGUUCUUCCUUCUAGUAAUGCAAAACUUGAUGGUAUAACUUUACGAAUUGGUUUGGUUGGUUCAGUUCCAUAUACUAUAAGUAAUAUUAUAACAAAUCAAUUCGGACAAAAUAUUACGAACUAUACUGGUUAUCUUCCUGAUCUGAUUUCUCUUUUACAGACUAGACUAGGAUUUAUUCCAAAUAUUGAAAUACCAUCAGUAAAUCUAACUCGUAAUGAAUUAAUGGAAGCAGUCGCUAAUGGUGUUUAUGAUAUACUCAUGGGUGAUCUUACUGUAACUGCAGCAAGAAGAGAAAUAGUUGGUUUUUCCAGUUCAAUAUUUGAUACAUCUACAAUUAUUAUCAUGCGAGAUACUCCUGAUGUGACUAUCGAUUUAUUAUCAUUCUUAAAACCAUUCUCACGUAAUCUUUGGUUAUUAAUCUUAGGUGCUAUGAUGUUUGCUGGUAUCCUAAUUUGUCUAUUCGAAAGAGAAGAAAAUGAAGCAUUAAGAAAUAGAUCAAUUAUUUCAUUAUGUACGAUGGGUAUGUGGUAUUGUUUUGGUAAUCUAACAGGAUGUGGAGUAGAUUUUAAUGUUACUACAGCUGCUGGACGUCUAUUAACUGCUGGUUUAUAUAUCUUAAGUAUCGUCUUAUUAGCAUCCUAUACUGCAAACUUAGCAUCUGAUUUAACAUUACUAAAAUCAAAACCUGUUAUAUCAGGAAUUGAUGAUAUUAAAAGUGGAAAGAUGCCAUAUAAUCGUCUUGGAAUUAUUACCGGUUCAUCGCUUGAAGAUUAUUAUUUAAGAGAAAUCUCUAACGGUAAACAAAAUAACUAUCCAUUACAAUCUGUCGACGAUUUGUUUGAUAAAUUAUUAAAUGGUGUUGUUGAUGCAUGUUUUCUCGAUACUGGUCUUGCAGAAUAUCUAAUUAAUAAUGUCUAUUGUAAUUUAACAUUAGUUGGUGAAAGUUUUGAUGAAGGUGUAUUUGGUAUUGUUGCAUCUAAACAAUGGAUAUAUCAACAAGAUUUAGAUGUUGCCAUAUUAUCAUUAAGAGAAGAAGGUGUUAUUGAUAAUUUGGUAGCAAAAUGGUUUCAAACGACGAAUUGUCCUGCUUCAUCUGAAACGUCAACUGCAAUGGGUAUUGAUUCAAUGGGUGGAUUGUUUUUGAUCUUUGGAGUAUUUGUUAUUUUAUCGUUUAUAUUAUUUGGAUGGACAAAACGACUUUUGAUUAAGAAAUAG